GAAAAACAUUUGAAUAAAAAAAAAAAAUCUUUUCUCAUUUUUAUUUGAAAAUAUUGGACUAAAAGAAAACAAUUUAAUCGAAUGUGAUGAGUGAAGUGAAAAUGGAUUCAAAAUUUAAUAAAACAAUACGUACAGAUAAACGAUUACGAUUAGAAAUUGAUGAAUUACUUGCCGAUGUUAAUGAUUUUAUGUGGUUAUGGCAUGGUUGGCCAAUUUGGGUUUAUCGUAAAGUAUUAUAUGCACCAAAUACUGUUACUAUGGAUGAUCGUAUUCGUAUACAACGAUCAUUAACCGAACAGAUGCCUGAUUAUGAACAAUUAGCAUUUGUUCGUCGUAUGAUUGAAACCCAGUUACCCGAAAGUGAUGAACGAAAAAAUCGAAUCGAAAAAUUGGAUCGUGCUUUAGCUAAAACUGAACAUGGUCGAGCAUUUUUAGUUGAAUUAAUAAAAAAGAUUGAUAAUUUAUUAGGAUUUGUAUCGAAAGAAUCGGUACUACAAGAAAAAGAAGAUUUGGAAAAAAUGAUUAUGGAAAAUUCAAGAGUUGAUAAAUAUGUUGCAAAAAGUUGGGCAUCAAUACAAAAAAUUUUCAACACUAAACCAAGAUCUUUUCGAAGCCGACAGAUUAUAGAAUCAUUGAUGAAAAGAAGAACUCCAAAACAAACAAGAAUGCAAGAUGUUUCUGAAACAAUAAUGAAAAUAAAUAUUUUUCAGAAAAAUGGCAAGCGUAUAUAG